AUGAUCCAUACAGCUCAGGAGACACAAGCAGCCCCCAGUCUUCGGCGGAAUGCUGCCUGGCUGCUGGAAAAUGCGCCGCACCUGAAGGAGAAGGAACCGCUUGCAGCAGGCGGAAAGCAUGCUGGAAAGCAAAUAUCCGAGCUGCUACGUGAAGAUCCCUGGUACUGCCAAUGGAUCAUCCGAGCUGCAAAGGACGAGGAUGCGUCAUGCAAUAUGAGGGACAUGGCUGCCUGGCUGGCAGAGAAUGCGACCAACCUGAAGGUCCACACCAUCUUGGCCGGCCGCUGUCAGAGGUUGUGA